AGAAACAAAGUAUUUCUGCUGCAUUAUUAAUUCUUGUAACUAUACUUCGAACAAUUUAUAAUUUCUUGAUAUACUUGUCAUUAUAUUACACAUACAGAAUGAUUUUUUACAGCUACAAAAUAAAUAUAUCCAUUGAAUUUCAACAUAUGUAUACACACAAGUCUGUAUGUACCUGUAACACAGGUGAUACACCAUGGUACAAUCAAUAAUUGGAAUAAACUACAACUUCAGGUACCUCAAACUUCCUUCAGUGAACUGUUUUUUCAUGUUGAAUUUGUAACCCGUUUAAACACUUUUUAAAAUAUAUAUGUUCAAAUAUGAUAUAAAAUGGUGAAAUGCCUGCGACUCCUACCACAGGAGAGAAGCGUUUCAUUUGGGAUGACGCCGAAGGUCUCGUGUUAUUGGGAGUUCCAAAAGCAGAGGACGAGCAAACAAAAAGUCGUAAAAAGCAGGCUCAAAUCUUGCACAAGACAAAUGUUUACUGUCCUCACACUUACUUAAUGUUAAACUUUCACGAAACUUUGAAUCCAAGUGAAAAGAUCAGAUUUCGAAGGCUUUAUCUGAGAAAGGUGUCACCAACAGAACAUAAUAUCAUUAUUCUGCAGGAUGUGAAAGACCUUGUAAUAUACCUCAUCUCAACUCCAAUCACGAUACAGUUUAUCAAUUUCUUUCAUCUGCCAGUAGUAGAUCGUUUCCUGAGAGCCCUCAUCUUAUAUUUUCAAUAUUACAUAGAAAUAUGGGAAGAUUUGGCCCGCAAGCGUGAAGCUACAGUUAAAAAGGCUCCGAAUCCUUUGGCAAGGGGCAGUAGAGCUAAAUAUGCGAAUGAAAUGGACACACUUAGGUGUGUAUUAGGAAGAGAAUAUGCACAUUUGGUGGUUGGCUGCGGCGAAUGUGCGCCGUAUCACCAUAUGGUAACUAAUAAAAAAUCAGCAUCUACUGCAAGCUCUCAGUCGCAAGGAGAAAAAGAUCUGAGAAUUUUUGAAGUAUUGAUAAGAGUGGCACACAGAGUGGUAUGGAUAACCCUUCAGCGCAAACAUUACAGUUUAAUCGAAAUAGAAAUUCAUAGGCUGUUCAGAACAGAUGCAUAUAAUUCCGCUGAUAGGAGAACUGAAGGAAUAUUCAACAAAAUUAUGCUGGAAGAUGAAUAUAUCAUAUUACAUGGUCCAAGGAUGCCAGAAAAACGGAAAUUAUUAAAAAAUUCUCCAUUGGCAUAUCAACUGAUAAAUACGUACUGCGACUAUCGUAUUAUGGGUUUAGGUACAGUCAAAUUGAAUACACAAGAUCCACGUGUUAUUUAUCUGCAUAAUGCACUCCUUGCUAAAGAAGAAUCGUUGACCGAAUUAGGCAUAAAAGUUGGCAUUUUGGGACAUCCGCGCUCCGAUUACGAUAUAAUGUUAACUCCACUCGAAGAAGAACAACCAAUUACAGCUGGAAAUGCUGAGAAAGAUAAAUGGGAAAAAAGGAGAUGUUCUCUGGCAGAAAAGCGUCAAAAAAUUCUGCAUCAAGACCGCGAAACCGUCAGGAUGCCGCAGUAUCUGUUAUAUCCUGAAUUUACGGAUAUUUUCCCAAUGGAAGUGGAUACGAAAGUAUGCGGUGAACAUCAAAAGGAACGCGAGGAUGCUCGAAAGAAAUGGGUUUCUAGAGAAUUAAGACGCAUCAAUAAUAAAUACGUGGAAACAUCCUCCAUUGCUACUCUCCCGGAAUGAAUAUUCAAAAGAAAAGCUUUCACAAUCUAACCCCAAUCAAUACUGAAGAUGCCUCAAAUUUAGAACACUAAUUAAAAAAAAAAAAGGAAAAAGCUUAUGCCUCAUACUUUUAAACAUAUAAUAUUAUCUAUUUACAUACAAUUAUUAUCUAAUCCAUUUCAUAGGCGUGCGGGUGACACAACCUAUGGUUGCACUUUAUUUAUGCAAUAGAUUAGAUUACUAUCAGUCCAACAAAAUAAUAUUUAAU